CUUUUUCUCCCCAGAUAAAUCCCUCUCUCUCCUUGUUUCCGAACACACAAUUUACCAACACCCAAAAACAACACAAUAAUCUUCCCAUUUCUCUCUCUCUGAUCUCUCGACUCGCUUGAACUCGGACGUGGUGACCCGGUCGAGUUGGACAAGAUGACUCGGCGCUGCUCGCACUGCAGCAACAACGGCCACAACUCCCGCACGUGCCCCUCACGUGGCAGCGGCAGCGGCGGAGGUGGCGGUGGAGCCUCCGGUGGGGGGCUGAAGCUGUUCGGCGUGAGGCUGACGGACGGCUCGAUCAUCAAGAAGAGCGCCAGCAUGGGGAGCUUGUCGGCGCACUACCACUCGUCGUCGUCCGCCGCCGAUUCCCCCAACCCGGACUCUCCCUCCUCCGACCCCCACCACGACGAGCCCGACGGCUACUUGUCCGACGACCCUUCUCACGCCUCUUGCUCCACCAAUCGCCGCGCCGACCGUAAGAAAGGUGUCCCGUGGACAGAAGAGGAGCAUCGGUUGUUCUUAAUUGGUCUUCAGAAAUUGGGCAAAGGGGACUGGCGUGGGAUAGCUCGAAAUUAUGUAGUGUCUAGAACUCCCACUCAGGUGGCAAGCCAUGCCCAGAAGUAUUUUAUCCGGCAGAGUAAUGCUACCCGAAGAAAGAGACGCUCUAGCCUUUUUGACAUGGUUCCUGAUAUGGCCACAGAUACUCCACCAGUUCCAGAGGAAGAUUUGCUGCCUUCUUUUCAUGAAAGAGAAUCUGAUAAUGCAAAAUCACUACCUUCCUUAAACCUCUCUCUCCAACCAGAAUGUGAGCCCAUGGAAGCUACUCAGGACGCAACUGUUGGAGAAGCCAACGAACCUAUGAAUAUGAUCCAAUCAAAUGGGUUCCCCCCCAUGGUUCACGGAUUCUUCCCAGCUUACGUGCCCGUUCCUUUUCCAUUGUGGCCGCCAAGUGCCGCAGCUCCUCUGGAUGAAGAAAAGAGUGCCGAGAGACCUCAUCAUCAGGUCCUGAAGCCAAUCCCGAUCGUUGCCAACCACAUCAACGUCGAUGAACUCGUUGGCAUGUCUCAACUUAGUUUAGGAGAGGGUGAGAUAGGCCAUAAAGAGCCUUCACCGCUCUCCUUAAAAUGGCUGGGAGAGCCUUCAAGGCAGUCAGCUUUUCAAACGAAUGCCCAAGUUAGUGGCUCCGACUUGAGCGAGGGCAAGAAUAGUGCAAUUCAAGCUGUUUAAAUUGGAAAGGAAAAGGAUGGGGGCAUUACUUCGAUUCCCCGUUCAAGUCGUUAUUAAUAUAUUAUUUUUUUUAUGUACACUUAUAUUUUCUCU